AUGGGUUCGGCAUUUUCAUAUCUUAAUAGGCCAUUGCCUCAAGAUGAAGAGCGAACCAUCGCAACGCAGUCGCCAUAUUAUCCCCCCGAAGCCAGCAUAGAGCCAGAAGACACGAGAAGAUGGUACUGCGAGUUCUGGGACCAUGCAUGCGCAGUACCUCACAAAGAUGGGAAGAGCAUCAUCAUCUACGAACCGAAAGAUGAGGAUGAGGACACAAGGGCUAGACCAGGAUGGGCGAUCAAACGGCUACGGAAAGCUUAUGAGCUUCUUGGCGAAGGGCAUCCAAGGAUUGUUCGGCGUACCGGCCUUGUGUAUAGCGACGCCGGCAACGGAGUGAUCGUCGAAAGACUUGAACCAGGGCCCCACUGGGGCGAUCUUCCUGCCAUGACUUUGCCUGUUCCUAAAGAGCCUUCAAGAGAGGAUCGCAUCAUGCUGGCCCUGUACUAUCGGUGGGCCUUACAGUCGCUAUCCGCCAUCAGCUACCUCCACUCUCGCUCUGUAUACCUGACGUUCUUCUCGUCUACCAAUGUGUGGUUGCGACCCGAUUAUUCACUGGCUAUCUCAGGUUUCAUUAGUGUUGAUGGGCCAGAGCUUGAUGCCGAUAGUAGACGAGAGGCUUGGAAAAAGGAGAAGCGGUACGAGAGACGAGAGCGAAGGGUCCAGGAAUGGUGUGCUGCCGGAGCUCCAAUCUCAGAAUAUCCUGUAGACGAGAGUGAGGGCGAGAGCGAUGAUGAGAGCGAAGAGAUACCGGAAGACUUUUCCGGUGGUUGGGAUACCUGUGAAUGGGUGGGAGAUGGCGGUGCUAUAUACUACGACGACUAUCCCACGGACUUUCCUCGAACGUGUGGAAGUCAUCGUGAGUCCCUGUUCUACUGGGCGACCUUUGUCUGGGGACUUAUGACGAAUACUCACACGGCCGAAGCGCACUGCAAACGGGGCAUAGAUUGGGACCCAUUCUCUUCACCUGAAGGCGGCCCACCGAAGCCAGCAAAAGAUUGGCGUGAUCAGCUUCAAGUGUUAGAAGAGGCUAGGCUUGGAAGUGUCCUGCUCAAAGCCUGGAAGAGCGAAUACGAAAGCGCAGAGCAAGCUGCCAAAGAUGUCAGAAAAAUUGCGGAGAAGAUGGGUAUCAAGAUCGUCAGCAGUGCGUCGGAAGUUGAUGACGCUUGGACGAACGUGUCCCAGCAGGAUGAAGUCGAUAUCGGCGAGCCUUGGGAGGACGUUUUCGAACUAGACCAAUCCAAAGAGAAGUGGGGCGCUCGAACGCUUAGGUUCAAGCGGCAAGGCACGCAUGUGAAUUUGCCUGUGGCAAGAUAG